AUGCCACUUGAUCCAGACAAAAUUGAUGAUUUAAAUAAAACUCUUUUUGUUCAUAUACAACUACCCAAUGUACCAAGACCGUCAUUUAUCUGGAAUUAUUUUGGACAUUUAUACAAAAAUCCAAGGAAAGCAUUAGAUCUCGACCGAAUUUAUUGCAAAGUGUGCUUUGAAAACAUAAAGGAAGAAUAUCCUGAUACAAGUUUUUCUUCAGUUCGAAGACAAAUUGGCACUUAUAGUGCAACAAGCGGUACAAGAAAUAUGCGAAACCAUUUGUUGGCAAUGCAUCAAAUAACAGAAGCACAAGCAAUAAAGAAAACAAAUAAACAUAUUGUUUCAAUGUUUGCACGUAACCGUGACACAACAAGUUCUUCACAACUGAAAGAAAAACUCGGGCAUCAAUUGAGUUUAAUGUGUUGUAAAGAUCUUCUUCCAUUUUCAAUUGUUGAAAAUGAAGGUUUCCAAGAGUUUUUAAUCUCUAACAAAAUCGUUAAUACAAAAUACGAUAUUCCAUCACGAACUACUUUAUCACCUCUGAAUCUUAAUAAAAUUUAUAAUGUAUGUGUUGAUAAAACAAACGAACAAAUAAAGUCAUCAACAAACUAUCCGACCAUAACAUGUGAUGCAUGGUCCGACAAUUUAAGAACACAACCGUUUAAUGAAGCUCAUAAAGGUGAAUCAAUACAAGAUCUUGUAUCGAACGUUUUAAAUGAAUUUGGCAUAAACCCAAAUAAUGUAAUUGUAGUGUUAGAUAAAGGUUCAAAUAUGCGAAAAGGGUGGAGAUUGUUAAAUGUCAUUCAUAUAUUUUGUGCUGGUCAUGGGAUUCACAAUUUGUUAAUGAAGGAUUGUUUUCAUAAUAUGCAUUACGUUUCAGAAAUCUUAGAUAAAGUUCAACCAAUUAGUAACAAGCUUCGUUAUCGUCAACAUGAACUUGAAAAUGAAUAUUUUCGAUCGAAUGAAAAUCGUUUUAAUGAUUUGCUUUCAUCCAUUGAUAAAGCUGGUGAAAUCAUAGAUGCAGAUUUAGCUUCAACACAUAUUGAUGCUGAUGAUACACAAGUAUUGAAUGAAAAACUUCAAAAUGAUAAUUUAGAAGCAUUGUGGUUAUCAGAUGAUUUAAAAUUCAGGUCAAAUGCUUGCGAAAACACAUAUAAGUCCAACUGUUCUGCAUUGAUCAAUAACAAUAAUGGUUUCAAAAGAUUUCACACUUUGAAAAAACGUAUUGUAACACGUUGGAACACAGUUUUGGUUAUGCUUUGUUCCUAUGCCGAUAACAUACCUGGUAUUGAAGUUAUACUCGGUCGAUUAAAACAGUUCGACUUAAUAUUAACUGCUGCUGAAAAUGAAAUUGUUCGUGAUUUAAUUCAAUUUCUUUCUCUAUGUGAAUCAACAACUACUAUUCUAUCAGCAUCAAAAUCUUAUCCAACUAUCAGUUUAGGCUUACUGUUAAGAAUAGAAAUUGAAUCUUUGCUGCACAAUGAUGGAUUGGAGUCAUUAGUUAUCCAAGAUUUAAAGUUUUUAAUGUCAGCAAACUUGGAUAAUCGAUUUCCAGUGACUUCUCUGUAUAUUUGUGCAUUUUUACUUGAUCCAUCUCAAUUAAAAAUCGAUAUAAGUCGUUAUGUAACUCAAUGUCAUACAACAAAAGAAUUAAUAUUAUCUGAAAUGAUCAAACAGUUCAAAAUCAAUCAUUUUACACAAGCAUUUGCAACAAACAAUGUAUCAACAUCAUCACCAUCACAAUCGCGUUCAUCAAUAACCACAACAAAAACAGCGACAUUGCACUCAAAUUCAACAACAAUAGCAUCAUCUACUUCAAUGAAACGCUAUUUGUCAGUGGAAAGUUUAAAUUCACCGGUAAAACACUUGAAAAAACUUAAAGAAAACUUGAUUCAGAAACACAAACCACCAUCAACAUCUGAUUUUGAUCCUAUUCUGGACGAAAUACAAAAUUAUUUACAAUUAGAUAUUAGUUGUGAUGAUGUGCUUAAAUUUUGGCAAUCAUCAGGAAAUGCAUUCCCUCAUCUAUUGUCCAUUUCCGACAUAAAUGUUUGUGGGCAUUUUUCGAAUGACUUCAUAAUAACAAGAGAUGAAGAGCUGAUAUUUUAACAUUAUCUAGAGUCAAGGUUGCUCUAUCUUUUCAUAAAGUCGAUGAAACAUUUCAGUCAUCUUUCCUUCUGUAUAUACUAUGAGUUUUGAAGAUGAACCAAAUCUGACAUAAAUACAAUAUGCGUUUUUGAUUAUAAUACAGUGGAUAGAUAGCCUGUCUGCAUCUCUAUCGAUCCACACAAGGUCGAGGCCGAUAGCUGUUUUCGUUCCAAAACUACAACGAUUUUUGCUGAAGGCUAGUAACCAGUUUUUUUCAAAAUUUGAGUGGAUAAAAAAUAUUUUCUUCUGUAAUGUUUAGUAGUCUUUGAUUUCGUCACAUGAUUUAUGAACAUUCAGAGUCGUUUUUCACCUAGAAUAUAAUCAAAAAAAAUCCAAGUAUAAUUUUUGA